UAACAUUAUUAACUACUACGUUAUCAGAACGACAAAAAAAAGGAAGAUUAUUGAAUCAAACCGUUAUCUUAACAAUUUUGACUUUGUCAAAUAAACAAAAUAAAAAUAUUUAAAUAAAGUGUUUAUUUACUUUUGAACUAUAAUUAAAAUAUUUAAAAGAAAUUUCAUAAAGAAAGUUCCACGAUAUGGAAAGAGUUCCAAUUAUAUCAUCUUUCUUAUCAACUACGGGAUUUUAUCCCUUGGUGAUACUAACCAUCAUUCUAGCUACGAUUUACUACUAUAUGGAAACAUCACGGCUUGUUCGAUAUGGGAGAAAACUUCCAGGACCUCCAACUGUUCCGUUUUUUGGAAAUGCUUUGCUAGUAAGGAAUAUUCAUCCAAAAGAUAUCUUACAAACUUUGAUAAACAUGGAUAUUUAUGGACCCACUGUUCGUGCUUUCUUUGGAUCGAAGUUAUUCGUAUUUCUUACUGACCCGCGUGAUGUCGAAAUCAUUCUUAGCAGUCACGUUCACAUAACCAAAUCUCCGGAGUACAGAUUUUUCAAGCCCUGGCUAGGUGAUGGUUUAUUAAUUAGCAAUGGCCAAAAAUGGUACUCUCACAGGAAAAUUAUAGCACCUGCAUUUCAUAUUAGUGUAUUAAAAUCGUUUGUACCAUUAUUUUAUGAGAAUAGCUGGAGUUUGAUAAAAAGAUUACGAGAUCAAGUUGGCAAAGAGUUUGAUUGUCACGAUUAUUUGUCAGCAAUAACGGUCGAUAUUUUAAUGGAAACCGCUAUGGGUGUUAAGGAAACCCAAAAAGACAAGAACAGUUUCGAUUAUGCCAUGGCUGUAAUGAAAAUGUGCAAUAUUAUCCAUCUAAGGCAGUACAAGUUGCUGUUAAGAUUUGACACAUACUUCAAUUGGACCAAGCAUGGGAUUGAACAAAAAAAUCUUUUGAACAUAAUUCACGGCCUGACAACACGAUUGAUAAAACAGAAAAAAGCAGAAACUCUGGAUUCACAUUUAAUGAUGUCUGACGAGAAAUCUCAAACGGACAAAAAAGAAACGAAAAAAACCAAUAAAAAUAAAAAUAAUAAAACGGGAAAAGAAUAUAUGAAAUUGCAUUAUGCCAAGGAUGAUCUCGACGAAAUCGACGAAAAUGAUGUAGGAGAGAAAAGACGCUUGGCUUUCUUGGAUCAGAUGCUUGAGCUCGCGAAAACGGGUACUAAUCUUACCGAUGAGGAAAUUAAAGAAGAAGUUAACACUAUAAUGUUUGAGGGUCACGAUACUACGGCAGCAGCUUCCAGCUUCGUUCUCUGUAUCUUGGGAGCUCAUCAAGAUAUUCAAGAACAAGUGAUGAAAGAAUUAAAUGAGAUAUUCAAAGGAUCAGAUAGACCAUGCACAUUUCAAGAUACUAUUGAAAUGAAAUAUUUGGAGAGAGUUAUUUUAGAAACCUUGCGACUAUUUCCACCGGUCCCAGCGAUAGCGAGAGUUCUUAACGAAGACGUACAACUAGCCAGCAAUAAAAAUAUUUUACCUUCGGGAUGUAGAAUCAUAAUACCGUCUUAUAAAAUUCAUCGCAUGCCCGAAUUUUAUUCAAAUCCGGACGUAUUUAAUCCAGAUAACUUUUUACCCGAAAAAAUGCAACAGAGACAUUAUUAUGCCUUUAUUCCUUUCAGUGCAGGUCCCAGAUCCUGCGUGGGACGCAAGUAUGCAUUGUUAAAGCUGAAAGUACUUAUAUCAACAAUUCUAAGAAACUAUAAGAUUCUAGCCGAUGUAUCUGAGAAAGAUUUUCAACUACAGGUUGAUAUUAUUCUGAAGAGAUCUGAUGGUUUCAAUAUAAAAAUCGAGCCACGCCAAAAAGUUGCUCAAGAAAGUUGUACUUAAACUACGAUCGAUAUCGCUCGUGUUAUAAAUGUUAUGCCGUAAAAUAAUUUUUAAAGGAUAUACUUGAAUUAAUAUUCUUAAUUUAGACUUAGAGUAAAUGUAGCUUAAAAAAUACAAGAUCAACGCAAACAACAAUUGUAACAUUAAAUCAGUACAAAUAAAAAUGAUAAUUACUACAUA